AUGAAGAAUGGACAAGAUGACCUUCCAGGGUUUGAUCUGAUCACGCAGUUUCAGUUGGAUGUCAUUCCCAUGAGGGGCGUCAGAAAAGUAGAAGGAUCCACACCCCUCCAGGUGGCAUACAGACUCGACCGAGAGGCCAACUUCCAGAUCCCAACCAGGCUGAACUUUCCAAGGGGCUUCCCAGAUGAGUACUCCUUCAUGACCACCUUCCGCAUGAUCAAGAACACUGUCAACAAGGUGUGGAACAUCUGGCAGGUAGUGGAGGAAGACGGUUUAAAGCAGGCAGGUAUGCGUCUGAAUGGAGACCAGCAGGCCCUGGAGUUCUUCCUCACCACUAUGGAGGGAGAUGUGCAGACCGUCACCUUCCCAGGCCUUUCUGACCUCUUCAACACUAAAUGGCACAAAGUGAUGGUUGGUGUGGAGAAAGAGCUGGUGACGCUGUAUGUGGACUGUCACCCUGUGGACCAGAAACCCAUCAAAAGGAAGGGCUAUGUCAACACGGAAGGAGACACUCUGAUCGGAAGAUUGGAUUCUGAUCCCAACACCUCUGUAGUGUUUGAGUUGCAGUGGAUGCUGAUUCACUGUGACCCAAAGAGAGCUCAGAGAGAAAGCUGUACCGAACUUCCUCAGUCUGAGAUGUAUGCCAAUGCUGAGCCAGAUCCCAAGCCGAUCCCUGGUCCCCCCGGUCCUGAGGGUCCUGAGGGGCCUCGUGGACCUCAUGGAGAACCUGGCAGAGACGGGAGAGAUGGUAUUCCAGGUACCCCCGGCACUCCUGGAGCUCUGGUAAGUGUGAAACAUUGGAGCAACAUCUUCAUCUCCAACCUCUUCAAGAAGACAUUGUUCUUAAACUCAGCAGGAGGUCACACUCAACAAGAUUCAUACUAG